GGCGCCUCGGAGUUGGCUCCAUUCAGUGGCGGGUUCUGCGGUGGAUGCAGCUCCGGCGGGCGGGCGCUGCUCUCGCUCAGUAGGAACAGGUCCUCGGCCGGCAUCGCUCAGCGGGUAGCAGCCGCAGGAGGAGGUGCUGCGGAGGAGCGAGGAUGCUGUCCCGACUGCGCGCCGCCUGGGCGCCCGGCGCGGCGGCGCGGCGCGGCCUGCACACCAAGGAGAAGGGCAAGCCACUCAUGCUGAACCCGCGCACCAACAAGGGCAUGGCCUUCACCUUACACGAGCGACAGAUGCUGGGGCUGCAGGGACUCCUGCCUCCCAAAAUAGAGACACAGGACAUCCAAGCCUUACGCUUCCACAAGAAUUUGGCAAAAAUGACUGACCCCUUGGAGAAGUAUAUCUACAUCAUGGGGAUCCAGGAGAGAAACGAGAAGCUGUUCUACAGGGUGCUGCAGGACGAUAUUGAGCGGUUAAUGCCCAUUGUGUACACUCCAACCGUGGGCCUGGCCUGCUCCCAGUACGGACACAUCUUCAGGAGACCAAAGGGAUUAUUUAUUUCCAUCUCAGACAGAGGCCACAUAAGGUCAAUUGUGAACAACUGGCCAGAGAACGACGUUAAGGCUGUUGUCGUCACUGAUGGAGAAAGAAUAUUGGGUCUUGGAGACCUGGGGGUGUAUGGGAUGGGAAUUCCAGUGGGAAAGCUGUGUUUGUACACAGCCUGUGCAGGGAUACACCCAGAUAAAUGCCUGCCUGUGUGCAUCGACGUGGGGACUGAUAACACAACACUCCUGAAGGAUCCCUUCUACAUGGGGCUGUACCAGAAGCGGGAUCGCUCGCAGGUCUACGAUGACCUGAUCGAUGAGUUCAUGGAAGCCAUCACUGACAGGUAUGGCCAGAACACGCUCAUCCAGUUUGAAGACUUUGGCAACCACAAUGCGUUCCGGUUCCUGAGGAAGUACAGGGAGAAGUACUGUACCUUCAACGACGACAUCCAAGGGACAGCCUCGGUGGCCUUGGCAGGACUGCUGGCAGCCCAGAAAGCCACUGGGAAACCACUCACAGAGCAGAAAGUGCUGUUCCUUGGAGCAGGAGAGGCCGCCCUGGGAAUUGCCAACCUCAUUGUCAUGGCCAUGGUGGAAGGCGGUGUUUCCCAGGAGGAGGCCUCCAGGAGAGUGUGGAUGUUUGACAAGCAUGGCUUGCUGGUCCAGGGCCGAGAGCAGAAGGUGGAUGCCCACCAAGAGCCAUUCACACACCCGGCUCCAGAGCAGAUACCAAAGACAUUUGUAGAGGCAGUGAAUGUACUUCAGCCUUCAGCUAUCAUCGGAGUGGCUGGGGCAGGGCGUCUCUUCACCCAGGAGGUGCUGAAAGCCAUGGCUUCCAUCAACGAGCGACCCAUCAUCUUUGCACUGAGCAACCCCACGGUGAAGGCCGAGUGCACGGCAGAGGAGGCCUACACGGUGACAGAGGGCCGGUGCCUGUUUGCCAGCGGCAGCCCCUUCGAGCUGGUCACUCUGAAGGAUGGGAGGACCUUCAAACCGGGACAAGGAAACAACGCUUACAUCUUUCCAGGAGUGGCUCUGGCUGUGAUCCUCAGCAGCGUGCGGCACAUCAGCGACAAGGUUUUCCUGGAGGCUGCCAAGGCAUUGGCAGAACAGUUGACAGACGAAGAGCUUGCACAAGGAAGACUUUAUCCUCCACUGUCCAAUAUCAGGGAAGUUUCUAUUUACAUUGCUAUCAAGGUGAUGGAGUUCCUCUACGCCAACAACAUGGCCUUCCACUACCCCGAGCCGGCCGACAAGAGCCGCUACAUCCGCUCCAAGGUCUGGACCUACGAGUACGAGUCCUUCAUGCCGGACGUGUACGACUGGCCCGAGUCCAAGGUGCACUGACAGCCCCGCGCCCGCUCGCAGGCAGCGCCGCCACUCUGCAGGGAUCCCUUCCUCAGACCAACUCUAAUCAUGAGCUCUCACUCCUCUAAUUUAUUUGCGCUCCUUUCGUUGCCUUUUUUUUUGUUUUUCCCCCCUCCUUACACCCCGUUUUUCACCUGAUUUCUCCCAAGUACCUGGUAAACUGUACGGAUGAUAACAUCUGCCACAGGGAUGAGAGAGCCCUCCAAAAUUAAUUUAAACAAUAACAUGGCAUUUCUAGCUCAGAGCCAGCACCACGCUGAAGAAUUCCAUUAAUGAUACUUUAGCUACAUCUGUUUCAUGAUGAACUCCAGCUCUCUCAUCACUGCUGAUCUCCAGAAUGAUUCAUUUCUGCCUUUAAUAAUCAGUCUUCUAAUUGCCCUAGCGUAGUCACACUGCAUUAGCUGUGACAUCAAAGGAGACCACUUGUAGAAAAAACAAAAGGGCAGUUAAAGACACCUUGGAGAGUGUGAUGGGCCUUCUGUUUUGUUUAAUGUUCAAAGAUGCCCAUGUCCAGACAUCCUGGUGGCACUGGCUGCUGUUUCCUCGAGGAGCAGCGAGAUGUACACGUGUGGAGUCUGCAGCAAAGUUUGCAGCUUUGUGCUCAUCACUCCGUGAAAUCUGUUCUCAGGAAAAACGUGAGCUAGUUCAAAUUGUCCUUGGGAAGCCUGAAAAUAAUACUAAUCACUUAACAGCUUUUAAAAACAAAGCCAUGCUGUCACAGAAUAAAUUUUAUUGGGUAGAGGUAGGACCUGAAGUAAUUUAUGGAAAUAUUUUUAGAGAUUUUACUAGGAGAUUUUAAGCAAUGGACUGCAAUAUGAUGUACCAAAGGAUCUUUACCUAAUUAUUUUAAUUUUUUUCGAGAUUCUGUUUUGUCUAAGCCAGGUUGUUUUGCUCCCUUGCUCUCACAAAAAGACUCGUGUGCGAUGUUUUAUGACGCUGCUGACUCCGAAGUGGGCUCACCUGGAGCACCCGUGGGCAGCUGCUGGGGCUGGAGCAGGGCUGCUGCCAGGCAGCUGCUCACACGAGUCUGGCUGAAUGCCUGCUGGGGUCUCAGUGCUGUGCCCAGCUCAGCGUGGCAGCUGGACCCACAAGAUGCAGCUCUGCAAGCCCUGUGCUGACCGCUCCAGCCUGCUGCACCUACAGCCCUGGUUGGUCAGAGCCCUGGUGUGAAAGCAGAAUUCCCAGUGAGUCUUUCCUCGCCAGGGUAGUGCUGGAUGUUUGCUGCAGAUCCACAGUGUACACUCCCCCAGCUGCCUUGGAGUGAGACAGAAGGGCCCCGGUCACUCCGUGGGGACAGGCAGGGACACCCAGUGGUGGCCACAGCCUGUGGCUGCUCCCUGCAGCCACAACAGCCACCUGCCAGGACAGAAAUAAAGGCACCAGGCUGCCCCAGUUUGCUGCAGGAAAGGGGCAGGAGUGGAUAAACACUGGAUGUGCCAGCAGUGCUGUGCUGGCAGACACCAUCCAAAGAGAUAAAGCAGGGCUUGCUCCCAUGGCAAGCACUGCUCUCCUACCCUCAGUCACACAGGAAAAUGCAGUCUCCACAGAACAGGCCAGAACAGAGCAGGGAACGUGGUCUCAAUGCCCCCUCAGGCGCCCACAGCCUAAUCUCUGGCUCUAAAAUUGCCCUCACACAAAGAACAGUAAGCUUUGGGAAGGUGCUGCCUGUGUGGGGAAAGAAGACUGAUUAUACAAACACAGAAAAGAGUGACGUGGGGAAAAACCUGUGGUGUUCAAGCUGUGGUAAAGUGUUGUGUGCUGGGGCUCGAAGUGCUUCACUGCCGAGUGCUGGCGUGCACGUGGGCACGAGCUUGCACUUGCAAGUGAAUGCACAAAAGACACCAACACACACACUGGACGUUUUUACAAAAAGUGCUUUUUUCAUCUAUUUUUGCUAUGCCUUGUUUGUAUCGUAUUUAAAUUAGCGGUCUCGCUGAAAGAGAAAUUAUUUAUUCAGUGUAUGAAUUAUUUUUGCCUUCUCUCUGAAGCCUGUUGCGUUGUGCCAGCGGAGUUCUGCAUCACUGGGUUCCGAGUGCUGGGAACACACGCUUCCUCCCUGCUGCCAGCAGCCUCUUAGACAGAUGGGUGACAGAAAUGCCCUGCUCUCCCAGCCUGUGCCGGCAAGGACUGCAUUUUCCCAGCCCUGGCAGCGGGAUUUUCCCGAGCGCUAACGCUCCAGCACAGUGAUCCCUGUGGAAAUCCCGCUGCGGAGGUGAGGGAAAAGCAGUCCCUGAGAGAGGAGCAGCCCGGGCUGUGGCUGGCUCUGUCCCCUGUCACAGCUGUCCCCGGAGCUGGGCCAGGCACACCUCCUGGGCUCUGUCUGCCAGCCUCUGGGUCCUCUGCAGCUUACAUCAUGGACAGGAUAUUUUCCCUUCCAUGUGCAGCCGUUGUUUCCUGCUGGCAACAGGUAACCUGUCAGCUCACAGAGUUCUAAGUCCAUUUCACUCUCUCUUUCAUCUUCUCCAGAAUUUUUUUUUUAUUCAUACAUAGGAUUUUAAGAUACAUAGAUUCAUGUUCAGUUUUCCUUCAGGUACAAUUAAUCCUUAACUAAUUACAACUGCUAAUAUUGCUGGCUACUAAGGAACCAGUUUCCUUUUUCAUAUUCUACUUAACAUGAUUUUUUCUGUUUGCUGGUUUAUUCAAAAUAUAUACUGGUCUUUCUCUGUACAGAAAAUUCUCUUAGACAGUAUGCAAAGGGAAACAGGUGUCACCAGGAUGCAUUUUGUCAUGUUACAUAGUGUAAGUUAAAACAGUACAUCACCUAAAGGACCACCCGCGUUGUAGCUUGUCACACAGCCCCCGUGACUUGCCCUCCAAAUGGUUUUAUAAAAGACUGUCUUCCACGUCUCCUUGGGGUGUGCAGAACCCUUCUGGGAGGAUCAGGAACUUCACUGAGGUCAGUCUUUUCCAGGAUUUGUCCAAUCCUUGCUUCCUUAAAAUCAGCAGGAGCAGGACUGAGCCUCCUGGCAGCAACCUGUAGGGGUGUUUAGGAGAGAGUAAAGUUAUCUAAUGGAGCACAGCCUUUCUUUAUAAAAUACCUGUGGUUUUGUUAAAGGUGUUGCAAGGGUUUGUGUGUUCCUGAAGCCUCUGCCCAGGUGCCAACCUGACCUGCAGAAGGAGACGAUUGAAAUGCUGUGUCUGAUACAUUUUAAACCCCCGGUGUGGCACAAGUUCUGGUUACGUUUGUGGACAGUGAUGCAUCCUGAUCUGUUGUGUUUGUUUUCCAAGCUUCAAACCAAGUGACACUUUACCUGCAGAGUGGUGUGUAACAGGUUUCCUGUGGUCGGUGCGUGUCUUCCUCUUGUACUGUUGUUUCCAGCACGCUGUUUUACGGGGAUAAAGUAACUCUGUCACACUCCUCUGGUAGUACCUGCCGAGAUGAACGAUACACCUUUUAGUUUCAAUCUUCAGCAGCCCUCCCUCCGUGGUGACUGUUCCUGUGGGAGAGUGGGGAUCACUAUUGUACAGCUCCCACCCAGGUUUCAGUUCAGCUGACUCCGGCGCGGCAGUCCCGGCUGGUUUUGUUUGCUGGGCUGGCUGCAGAGGGGCACAGCUGAGCUCCUCUGUGGCCCCACAGAGCUGAGCUCCUCGGUGGUCCUACAGGGCUGAGCUCUGCCAUCCUGCAGAGCUGAGCUCCUCUGUGGCCCCGCAGAGCUGAGCUCCUCUGUGGCCCCGCAGAGCUGAGCUCCUCUGCAGUGCCACAGAGCUGAGCUCCUCCUCUGCCAUCCCGCACACCUGAGCUCCUCUGUGGCCCCGCAGAGCUGUGUGCAGCUCUCAGAGCAGUGUGAGAACCACCUGGCUGUCUCACUGCCCGUGCUUCCAGCUGGAUGCUCCGCUGUGGUUUCUGCUCUCGGGACGAUGCGGGUGCUGCCCUGCUCUGUCACACCUCGGCUGGCGGGCACGGACUGGUGGAGCAAACCCAGAGCCCAGCUCUGCCGCGCUGGCUCGGCAGCUGAAUUUGGGCAAAGCCCUUCAGCUGCUGCUGCUGGAGGCACAUCUGACUGACUCCGUGUGUACCUGCCUGCCCCAGACACGAGGGGCUGGCGCCAGCCUGAGCUCAGCUCUCCACGUGCCACCGGCCUCGGCUCAUCCGUUCAUCAACCAGACCCUUCCUUGUGGAAUAAAAACACUCCUAGGACUGAAGAUGGCUGCCUUGUCAACACAACAGCAAAAUAAUCUGCGUUUAUUUCUGUAUUAAACAUAUCUACCUUAUGCAAAUCAGUGUGAGCCUGCUGGGGCGCUUGUGAGAACAGUUCCAGCCUGAUCUGUGCGGGGUUGGCUGUGCCUGGGAGGGUCAUUGCUCAGCUGAAACUAAAACUGUAUGUAAAAUGUGAAGUGGUUGGGGUUUCUUCCUACUUUAUAACGUUGUAACUCUAUUGAAAUGUGUGUUCUAGUCUUCUAUUUUCUUAGUAAAAUGCAUUCCCUUUGC